AUGCAUUGGGCGGCCUCCAUGUACGUAUCCAUAUCGGUGGGCUGGCGAGUGAGCCCCGUCUACCACAUUGCAGUUUCCCACUGUGGGCCCCACCGUGACUCGUCGACCGUCCGCAUGUUGAUCCUGCACGUGGUCCUGGACCACCUCCGGCGCUCCGCGGGCGUGGGGCCCAUCGCGCUGUGGGGCAGGUCAAUGGGCGCCGCCACGUCCGUGCUUCGGGCCGCCGAGGACCGCGGGCUGGCGGCGUGCGUGCUGGACUCGCCGUUCUGCAGCCUGCCCGACGUGGCGCGGGAGCUGGCGCAGAGCACGAAGUUGAAGAUGCCCGAGGUGAUGGUCGGCGCGAUGCUCAGGCGCAUCCGGGCCGAGAUCAAGGCCAGAGCCGACGUCGACAUCGAGGACCUGAGGCCCAUCGAUUUCGCGCCGAGAGCGGUCAUCCCCGCGCUCUUCGCGGUGGCGAAGGACGACGAGUUCGUCAGGGCCCACCACACCUACGCGCUCCACGACGCCUGGGCUGGCGAGGAGCGCGAGCUCGUGACGCUCGGCGGCGGCCACAACAGCCCCCGGCCCCGCGAGUUCCACGCGCACGCCGCGGACUUCCUGCAGGAGCACGCCGCCGCUGCGGUGGCGGCCCGCCGGCCGCACGCCCGCAGGCGGCAGCCCCGCCGAGCGCCGGGCCGCCACGGCGGCCUCUCGGCAGAGGCGCUGGGGGACUGA